CCAACCAUCAUUAUUCACCCUCACAUAAACCCUUGGCGACGGACAGGGGCUUGUACCCACUACCCAGCAAAUCACCAUUCUGUGCUCUUUGUCAGUGCAUAUUGUAAUUGCGUUCGGCGCGAGAGAGAACAAUAUUCUCAAAGGUUAGAAUACCAGCACAAGUUCUGGACGGCGAGGGCUUUAGCGGCUAAAACCCUUCCUAUCUAUUCUGGCGAAACCCCUUGUUGCUCUCUAUAUUCUUAACACCUGCACAACGAGAGAUUAUCAAUGGGAAGAAGCGCAGGAAAAUACAAAAAGAGGGAAAGCAACCCCUCAAGCAAGUCUUCCAAAACAGACUUCUACAAUGAAGACGAUGAUAUGAUGGAUGACGAAAUUGAUGCCUUUCACAAACAGAGGGAUAUAAUUCCGUUGGACAUUGAUAAAGAUGCUAUCGAUGAGUCUGAUGAAGAUAACGAGCAUCCUGUGUAUGAUUUAGAGGAUGAUGACGAAGAAGAUGAAGAGGAAGAUGAUGAUGACUACAAUGAUGGGGAUGUUGCUAAAAUGUCAAGGCAGCUAAAGUAUCUAAAGGCCAAAAUGGGCGGGGUUGAUGAUGAAAUGCAUGAUGAAGCUGAUGAAAACGAGAAAGAGAGAUCUGUGUGGAGUAGGCAUAAGCCAGUUUAUUACAAAAACGAUAAUCAAGAUUCGAGUGAUGAGGAUGAGGGAGAGGUUAUGAGGUUGCAGAAGAAGAAAGCUGAAGGUCUGACAUUAGAAGACUUUGGUCUUGAAGAUGAUACGGAGGCAACAUUUGAGGAAAUUAAUACAAAGGUAAAACCAACUGCAAGAAUUGACUCAGAUAAAGAAGAAGUCGAUGGAACUAGAAUUGCCUUUGAGAAAAUAAAGAGAGAUUUAAAUGCUUUGACAAAGGAAGAGCAGAUGGAUGUUGUCUAUAGCUCUGCCCCAGAAUUAGUUGGUUUAUUGUCUGAGCUUAAUGAAGCACUCGAGGAGCUUGAUAACAAAGUAAAUCCGCUUUUGAGCAAGAUCAUUGUUGAAAGGGGAAAGAAAGGAGAAAUGAAUUACAUGGAGACCAAAAAGCUGCUUCUACUCUCAUAUUGCCAGGCUAUUACGUUCUACCUACUUCUUAAAUCAGAAGGGCAACCAGUCUGUGAUCAUCCUGUUAUUUCUCGGCUUGUAGAUAUAAAGGCUUUGUUGGAUAAGAUGAAAGAACUUGAUGGGAAUCUUCCAUCUGAUCUCGAAGUUCUUGUGAGCAAGUGUGGUGGUACUGGAGCCAAAGAGAGCCUAAAUACAGAAGAUGGUCCCUUCGAUACUGAUUGUCCACCAAAUGAUGAUCCCUCUAUGGUUAUAAUUAAUACUCAAGGAGCUGAGUCUAAUGCAGCUACCGAGUCAGCGGAGUUGAACAGUCCCAAGGAUGACAAGAAAAAUAAGCUAAAGCGGAAGUUUCAGGAUAACCAAGUAGGUAGACAAAGUAUGGAAAUGUUGAAAAUGCGAGCUUCUCUUGAGGAGAAGCUCAAACAGAAAGGUCUCUUUAGUUCUUUGGCACAAAAAAAUGAGAGUUCUAAAAAGCGUCUUCGACCUGUGAACGGGCAACUUGCAACCUUGGGGGAUUAUGAUGAUGAAGUUAUGGACCCAGUAGGAGGUUCUCAUAUGAUGUCCAAUGGUAAUGCAGGCAUGGCACAUUCAAAGAAAUUCUCUCAGCUUGUGACUAAAGUAAAUAAAGCCAAGGUUAUUUCUGGGGAUGAUGACUUGCCAAAGAGAGAUGAUGUUGGGGAGAGGAGAAGGAAACAUGAGUUGAGAGUUCUUGCAGGAGCUGGCAUAAAAUCUGCUGAAGAUGAUGAUAAUGAUGUUGAAGAAGAUGAGGAAUCCGCUGGCCACACAAGUGAUGACGGAGGGGCUGAUGCAAAUGGUGGUGAAACAGACUCAGACCUUGAGUUUUACAAACAAGUAGAGAAAAAACACUCCGAAAAGGUUGCCACUAAACAGAAUAAGUAUUCAAGGCCUCAGCUAGUCACAUCUCUCCCCGAAAAAACUGCAGAUGAUGAGAAGCGUCAGAUCACUUACCAGAUUGAGAAGAACAGGGGUUUAACUCGUCAUCGUAACAAGCAAGGCAAGAAUCCGAGGAAGAAGUAUAGGACAAAACACCAGGAUGCAGUUAAGCGUAGGAAAGGGCAGGUGCAGGAGAUAAAGAAACCAUCUGGUCCUUAUGGAGGAGAAGCUACUGGCAUUAAUGCUGCUCGCAGCCGAAGUAUCAGAUUCAAGAAUUAAGCUCCCCCUUACCGUCAAAAUUUUAACUCAAAGAUUGAUUCCUUUGAUGCAAUUUUUCCAUUUUUCUGCAUCCCAAAACCGGAUUUUGAUAUUUAUCAAUUUUUAGUGUUGUGCUUAUUCUACACAUGUUUAUUUAUGAAGUGUUUCAUCUUUGCUAUAGUAUUCUAUACAAUAGUUUGUAUGUCUGGAAGCAAUUGAACGCUGGCAAUUGCCACAUACAUAGUGUGUUGAAGUGUAAUUGUUAAUUGGACAGCAUGGGAGUC